AACUCACAAUUUUCAAUGCUUCAUUUUUAAUAUAUAAUUAAUUACAAAAUUUCAUAAUUAGAUAAUAUAUGAAAAUACAUAAUUCUAAUAUAACGCAACUAAUAUAUACCGAAUAAAAAAAAUUAAAAUACAUUUAUCUUUGUACGCUAUGUGUAUUUCCAUAAAAUAGUUUAUUGAUGUUGAAAAAAUAAUACUACGUUCGUACAAUAGGUGGCGUCUUACAUAUUUCUUACGCAAUAAUAUAUUGUAGCGAGCGGCACGCCGGUCAAAUGCUCAAGGUCGUUCGCAUGGAGUAGCCCCUUAAUGCAAACAUUACAUACAAAAAACGACCGUAUAGUAUUUGACACAUAAGCGCCUUAGUGGUCAUUUUUACGUGCAUGAAUAACGUCAGCGAAAAUCCGUUCGAGUUGAGUGAUACACUUCUUAUUUGUUAUCUCUAUCUGAUUUGUGUGGAUUAUAAUUAUUUCGCCCGCUAACUCGCCACUCGUGAGUCAAUAGUUAAGUUAAUCAUUGUCUCAUUGUCUCAGUCUGUCUCUCUCGCUCGUGGCUCAGUCGCCUCGCAAGCGACGCGUCGCGCGAAAUGAGCAAAGAGCAAAGUAAUGUUUCACUGUUCCAGAUCCAAAUGAUACAUUUGAAACGUUGUUACUGAACCAAUCUUUGUGUCACUUCAGUGAUUCGUAUCAGUGAGUCGUUUCCGUAAAGAGAUACACACGCCUACUAUACGCCAAUAUAUCUACGAGUAUAUUCUAAGUGUAUGCUACAUCGAUCACUAAUAAAAAACUAGAUACACAAUCAGUGACAAAAAAUGGCAUAACCGAAUGUGCACCCACUCGAACAUAUGGGUGCACAUUUAAUCUAGUAGCAUUCGAAUGUUCCGACGGUAAACAUGCCUCAGUGCUCGUUUAAAAAGUGUAAAAAGCACACAUCCAGGACGCUAAAAAAUGGUGGAAUUUCAUAUUUUCGGUAAAUAUGAAUAUUAACAUUAUUUAAUUGUUAUAACUGUAUGGUAAAUACUGAUAUUUUGUCAAGAAAUCAUCGAAAAAGUAUUUUUUAAAUUAAGUCUUAAUAAAAUAAGUCGUCAUUGUUCGAGGUAUAUGCGUUGAUUCUGUUCCAUUUGUGGAAACGCUAUUGUUUUUUUUAUUUAUUUUUUUGUUAUUAAUGUAUGAUUGUAUUUUUUUUUGUUUAAUGAGAGUUCUUUACUUAAUAUAAAAUAAGUUAAUAUACGCGUUAAAAUCCGUAAAACUAGUUUCAUUUAAAUGUGAAGUGAACGCGUAAAUAUAAGAAAUCAUUAUAAUUAUUCAGUCCUAUCCGUUUUUUUAAACAUCUGUAAAUAUGAACAGAAUUUGCACAAAAUUGUUCUUAGAUUUUGCAAUAAGUUUCUGUACUUAUUUUUUAUAUUUAGUAACUAUUAUAUUUAGAUUUAACUUGUUUGUCAAGCAAUAUCUUUAAAUUUUUCACACAAGAUAAAGAAUAAAUAAAUAAUUAUGACUAUUUCAAUUAUUUUCAUUACUAAAUGAAUGUGGUGUCGUAUACAAAAGCAUAUUUACAUUCAGGUAAUAAUAUAACCAUUACACAUAUACACCAUAGAAUAGAAUAGAAUAUGCUUUAUUAAGUAGACCAAUUAUUUAAAACAAGCUUAAAAAAAUUGUAAAAUUAUAAUUAAGUUAAAACAAAAAAUAUUGUGCAGUUCGACUCCACUCUCCUAGUCCAAGCGAAGAGCCUCGGUCGUAAAAUUUUAUUGCUUUUUGUACGUUGCUUUGUAAAUACAACUUUAAGCAUAUCACUUAAGAUUGAAUUUACAUUAAUGUAUAUUUAUAUCAACUAGAAUUACGUCAAAACAUUUGGCGACAGUUUUUAGAGAACUUUUGUAUGGGAUUGUGCAUCUAGUUUAUUAGUGAUCGAUGGUAUGCUAGAAACACACUAUUAUAACACACUUAUCGUAUGCAACGCAUCACACGCGCCCGACGCAACGUCGAUCUACGAUCGAUGUUCCGGUAUAUAUUACUGUACUCUAUGGAUCGAGGUCUAGAGGCCGGUCUCAAUAACUUAUCUAUUAUUCCAUCUCUUACUGGAACUGGAAGUGAAAAUGGCUACCAUUGGUAUCUAUAGUUACAUUUUUCCGUUUCAAUAAUCAAAGAUAGAUAGAAAUGUUUAACCAUCACAUUGAUCUACCCUUCGGAGGACUUACCGACUACCUGGGUUAAGUAAGUUCAUAGAAAAAAAACAUCUGACUGUUUCAAUAACGUAUUGGCAGUUAACUGGCGAACUGGCGAUAGUUCAAAUUACCAGAUGUUAGAGUUUUGUCUAUCGCCCUAUUUUGAGAGUUAGCAAAUAUUUGUCGUGAUUUUAAAUAAAUCAAACCUAUUUUAUUUAAUAUCUAAAAAACGGAUUUGUUCAGUGAUGAAAGUGAUAAUGAAAUGUAUGAGAUAGGUGUUUUUGAUUCCGGAGGUAUUGUAGAUACUGAAAAUCGCCGACUUUAUAAUCGAAUAAAUUACAGAAGUGAAUUUUCUGACUCUGAAUUUACAUAUAGAUUUAGAUUAAAUAAAACGUCCGUGGAUGAGUUAUUAUUGAAAAUAACACCAUCCUUAAAAUAAUUUCUUCAAGGUGAGUAAAGAAACUUGUGAACAAAAUUUGGUUACAUUAUAUAUAGUAUCGUCGAAAUAUGCCACCCAACAUAAUAUGAAUGACAGUUAUUGGUUUUUUUUAUACUUAAUUUACUUACUUAUAUUUAACAUUUUAGAAAUAAAGGAAUAUCGCCGUUACAUCAGUUGUUACUGACCUUGAGAUUUUAUGCACUGGGAACAAUGCUUUUAUCAGUAGCCGACUUUAUUGGUGUAUCGAAAGCUUCAGCCAGCCGAAUUGUGCAUCAUGUAUCUCGGGCUAUAGCUGGCUUAUACCCUCAAUAUGUGAAGACAUUAAGCAAUACCUAGAAUGCCUUUCAUGAAAUCGCAGGAUUUCCAAGAAUUCUUGGCGCAAUUGACUGCACGCAUGUUCCCAUACAGUCACCUGAUUCAAAUAUAGGAGAAGAAUUCAGAAAUAGAAAAGGCAUAUUUUCAAUGAAUGUCCAAGGAGUUUGUAACGCAGACUUGUUAUUUAUGAAUGUUGUUGCCCGUUGGCCUGGGUCUGCUCAUGAUGCUACUAUAUUUAACAACUCUACGCUAAACAUGCAAUGUGAAGAGGGAUUGUUUGGCAAUAGAUGGCUUAUUGGAGACAGUGCAUAUCCCUGUACUUCAUAUCUUUUGACACCACUGCUCAACCCCACAUCUGUUGCAGAGAAUCGUUACAAUGAAGCACAUAUAAAGACUAGAAAUACUAUUGAAAGAUGUUUUGGUAUGUGGAAAAGGCGCUUUCCAAUAAUCUCUCUAAAAAUCCGUGUAGCUAUGCAGACAACACAGGCCAUUAUUAUUGCCACUUCUGUAUUACACAACAUCUGCAGAUUAAAUAAUAUUAGGGAUGUAGAUCCAGAAGUUGCAAUGCCGCAAGAAUCAGGUGCUACCUAUGCUGAAGGGAUAGGUCAACAAAAUCACAGUGUCAGACAACUAAUUAAUAAUUAUUUUAGUGUUUAAGUUAUGUUUAAUUAUAUAAGAAUUUUAAUGUGUAAAUAAUGUUAAAUUAUACUAGAAUAAAUGUGCUUUAUUUCAAAAAUGUCAAAUAAAAAUCAAUGUAU